CUCGCUAGGAGCUCUUGGUGUGACAGCGGCGAGCCCCGGCUUCCCGGCAGUUCAGGGAGAGCGCAGGUCGGCUUCUGGAGCAAGCCCCUCCUCGCUCUUCCCUCCCACCUCCCCGCCGUCAGGGCAGCCAGGUUUUCAAUUUCCACCUUCUCCUCCAGCUGUCUAGCCCAUCAGUCCUGACCGAGAGAAGGGUGCCCACUUUUGGUCUUAUUGACUUGGGAGGUGGUGGUGUUUUGUUUUGUUUUGCUUUAAAUCCCUGUUUCGGGGGAGGGGGCGUGGCGGGGAAGGAUGAAAAAGUCCGUUCCUUUACUCUGCUUUUGGAGUGUCUAUUGUUGCUUUGCGGCGGGAAGCCCCACACCCCUUGGUUCGGAGGGACGGCUGGAAGAUGAAUCCAGGGAGGUCCAAGCCGUGGCCAAACCUUCUGUGAGUUUUAACCUCCGCACCUCUAAGGACCCAGAGCAUGAAGGAUGCUAUCUCUCCCUAGGCCACAGCCAGCCUUUAGAAGACUGUGGCUUCAACGUGACAGCCAAAACCUUUUUCAUCAUUCAUGGAUGGACGAUGAGUGGAAUGCUUGAAAACUGGUUGCACAAACUUGUGUCAGCCCUGCAGACAAGAGAGAAAGAUGCCAAUAUAGUGGUGGUUGACUGGCUGCCCUUGGCUCACCAGUUGUACACAGACGCCGUCAAUAACACGAGGAUGGUGGGUCACAGCGUGGCAAGGAUGCUUGACUGGCUGCAGGAGAAGGAGGAUUUUUCUCUGAGAAAUGUUCACUUGAUUGGCUACAGCCUUGGAGCCCAUGUGGCUGGGUAUGCUGGCAACUUUGUGAAAGGAACAGUGGGAAGAAUCACAGGUCUGGAUCCCGCUGGGCCCAUGGUUGAAGGGGUGGUCAACAAGAGGCUCUCCCCUGACGAUGCAGACUGGGAUGUUCUGCACACCUACACACGAUCCUUUGGCUUGAGCAUUGGGAUUCAGAUGCCUGUGGGCCAUGACAUCUAUCCCAAUGGGGGUGACUUUCAGCCCGGCUGUGGAUUCAAUGAUGUCUUGGGAUCAAUUGCAUAUGGAACCAUCACGGAGGUGGUGAAAUGUGAGCAUGAGCGAGCGGUACACCUCUUUGUGGAUUCCCUGGUGAAUCAGGACAAGCCAAGCUUUGCUUUCCAGUGCACAGACUCCAACCGCUUCAAAAAGGGUAUCUGUCUCAGCUGCCGGAAAAAUCGUUGCAAUAGCAUUGGUUACAAUGCUAAGAAAAUGAGAAACAAGAGGAACAGCAAGAUGUACCUAAAAACCCGGGCAGGCAUGCCCUUCAGAGUUUACCACUAUCAGAUGAAAAUCCACGUCUUCAGUUAUAAGAACAGAGGGGAAAUCGAGCCCACCUUUUAUGUCACCCUCUAUGGCACCAAUGCAGACUCUCAGAUUCUGCCUUUGGAAAUAGUGGAGCAUAUCGGGUUGAAUGCCACCAACACCUUUCUGGUCUACACGGAGGAGGACUUGGGUGACCUCUUAAAGAUCAAACUCACCUGGGAGGGGACUUCUCAGUCCUGGUACAACCUGUGGAAGGAGCUCCGUAGUUACCUGUCUCAACCCAGCAACCCCAAGUGGGAGCUGCAUAUCCGGCGCAUCCGCGUCAAGUCCGGGGAGACCCAGCGGAAAUUGACAUUUUGCACUGAAGACCCCGAGAACACCAGCAUAUCCCCUGGCCAAGAGCUCUGGUUUCACAAGUGUCGGGAUGGCUGGAGAAUGAAAAAUGAAACCAGUCCAACCAUGGAGCUCAUCUGAGGAUGCCUGGAAAUGUGGCCAGCACGUACCCCCAACCCUGCCAUCCAGCCGUCCAUGCACAUGGAGGAAAGUUACUGCUGAGGACCCACCCAGUGAAGGACUCCUCUUGGCCUUGACCUUGGAGCCUGCUGAGCCUGCCUCUGUUGCCUAUGAGGGUUGCCACUUCCUGCAGGAGGAAACUGCUCUGCUGAAGCACCAGUUGCCAGUCUAGAUGAAGUCUAACUCCAAACCUCCAUUGAUGCUUCCGGGAGCCAAGUCCAGAUCUGUGUGGAAGCAUCAGAAUGCCUGGGUCCCUGAGCAUAGCCGUGGGUCUCCCAGUGGCUGGGUGAGCCCAAGCUCUGCUGACACCAGAAGGACUUAGCAAGAGGUCUUUUUCUCCAGAGCUGACUCAUGUCAGGUGGCAGUCCUCUUACCUCACUGACCCAGAGAGGGACAUUAGAUCUGGGUCAGGGCUAAGGCCCUGCUGUGGAAGUUCCCCUGGGCUGCAUUGGUCAAUAUUGGUUGUAUCUCAGAACGUCCAUCCAACUCCUUGCUCACCCUCUGAGGCACACAGCAUCUGCAAUCUCCCGUUUCCACUGUUCAUCUCUUGAUUGAACAAGUGCUUUUGGGGCACCCAAUUAGCUUGGGGCAGUAGAUACAUUACUUUGGAAGCUUGUGGGGUUGGCGUUCUAGAAUCCUUACCAGUUUAGUGAUCCAUGGGUAUACAUGUGGUGAAAGACAGGAGGGGAACGGGCUGGGCUAUAAGCUGUAAGCGCUGGGGACUGAGAUUUUUAAGUGGUUCCUAUCUGUUGCUUCUUAGUUAACAGGUGCCAUUUCCUCCAAGAGUGACACGUGCAAUCACUAGCAGAGUAUCAUACGCACUGGGACCACAGUGGUGGCCAAUUGCUAGACAGGGUCGCUGUGGAGUGGAAUCUCUUCCACUUAGGGAUCUAGAAGAUACCACAUAUGCUUACAUAUCCAUUUACACAGAAACCCUGGCUGGGGAUGCAUGUCGAGGGCUUGCCUAGCACAUACAAGGCCCUGGGUUGGAUCCCCAGUGCAGCAAAAAAUCAAAAACGAAUAAACCCUGUGCUCCAGAAAGUAACCCCUGUCAACAGAGCUGGUCCUAAGAGUUAACACAGUGCUUUUCCUCCUUGAAAUGUCUUGUUUUCACAUGAGUGCAUUUCCGGUGUUGAACUUGGAAGAGCCUUCAUUUCUAGCUCUUGUUGUGAAUGAAAAAACAUGACAUCUGAGCAACUCUUUCAUACUUUUCAAAUGAUUUGCAUGUGUCUCACCUGGAGCGAGGUGAGCAGGCAGCUAUUAUUAACCUUAUUUUAUAAAAUCAGGGCUUAGUAAGAUUCAGCAACAUGCCUGGGAUUAUAUACCAAGCUGGUGGUGGAGACAGGCCAAGGAUCCAGAUUUCCUGGAGGCAAAGUUCAUGGUUCACUCACCUCUGAAAUUUCAUGAAGAUAUCUAUAACCAAUUCCUGCCAAUAUGCCCCAGAUGUGACAAACAUGGAAUCUUUCUGGAGCCAUCCAUAAAAUCCUAAACACUUUUAUUAAUAUAUAACCAGGAGAAACCUGUGCCAAGAGGUUGGGUUUUUUUAUGGGUGAGAAUUAUUUGGGAGGAGGUGUGGUAUCUGGUAGGGUGGGACAGCAAUUUUCUUGUACUUAGGUUUUUUUUAAGGACAUUGUUUUAAUCUACACUGUGCCAAAGUUGUGUCACUGUUGAAUAUCAAACUUCUGAAGACAUAACCAGUCAAGUCUUAACUCAGAGUGUGCUCUCAAUCCAUUGUGUACUUCUGUAACUGCUUUCUAGCCAAAGUGAAACUUGUAUUAUUGGCCUUGCGUCCUGGUUACUUCUGACUUCUGUUUUCAGUAACAGGAGCUUUGGGAACCAAAUCUUCAGUGGGUUGUAUAUUUAUGCAUUUGGCUUGAAGCCUUAUUUGUAUAUAUGAUCCUUUUUUUUUAAUGCUACUUAAAACUCUAUUUAUUUCUCAAAUGUAUAAUGUAAAGAUGAAUGUAUGAUUAGUUUUUACUUGAAGAUUAACCAAUUUUGAGAUUUAAAAAUUUUAAUAGUAAAAAAAAAACUACAAAAU